UAGUACGAUUGCAGGUAGAUAUUUACAUAUGUGGCAACGCCGCUUUCAGUUAACUCAGACUACAUUCCUUAAUGUCUGCAGUUUCUGCACAUUAAUUGGACUUUGCACUCCUGUUCUAUACGGAGAAAUUGAACACAGGGUUUCGAUGGCAGGCAAGGCAGUGGUGGUAAUGCGGCUGCUGGCUUCAGCCUACUCUGUGGCCGAGAAAGCUGGAGCGAUUGUAAGGAAAGUGCUUCACAGUGGAGAACUGGGAAUCGUUGAGAAGACGGGGGUUGAUGACCUACAGACGCUGGCGGACCGACUCGCUCAGAAGAGUAUAUGUGCCUCUCUCUCGAAGAGCUUUCCUAAAAUCACCAUCAUUGGCGAGGAGGAUCUACCAGCUGAGGCAGUGGAAGAGGACCUGAUUGAGACCGGCCAAAACGAUGGAAUAUUGCAAAAGCCAUGUCCGGAUGAGUACAGCGACUUAAAGGAGGAGGAGCUGGUUGUGUGGGUUGAUCCUCUAGAUGGCACCAAAGAAUACACUGAAGCUGCAUACAUAUUGAACAGCCCAGUUGUCUGUGUGAAUUGGCUUGAAGCCCACAGAUCUCCAACAAGGCUCCUGGAUCAUGUAACUGUGCUGAUAGGCAUCGCUCAUAAAGGAAAAGCAAUCGCUGGAGUGAUCAAUCAGCCCUUCUAUAACUACCAGGUGGGUGCGGGUGCCACUUUGGGCCGAACUAUCUGGGGAAUGUUGGGUUUGGGAUCCUUCGGGUUCCAGCUACAGGACGUCCCAGAGGGGAAACGCAUCAUCACCACCACUCGCUCUCACAGCAAUAAACUCGUUACAGAUGCCGUCCAGGCCAUGGAGCCUGAUGAUGUCAUCAGAGUGGGAGGAGCUGGGAAUAAGAUUAUUCAGCUGGUGGAGGGAAAAGCGUCUGCGUAUGUGUUUGCCAGUCCGGGCUGUAAGAAGUGGGACACCUGUGCAACCGAAGCCAUUCUGCAUGCUGUCGGAGGGAAGCUGACUGACAUGCACGGGAAUGCUUACCGAUACGAUGCCGAUGUGAAGCACAUGAACUCCGCUGGUGUGUUAGCCACACUGCGGGAUCACCAGUUCUACGCCAGCAGAGUUCCCAAGUCUGUCCUCGAGGCCCUGAAGUCCGACUGAAACGGCCACGACGGCUUUACGGAAGUCUUCCUGACGUUCAGUUUGGUUCCGUUCAACUGAAAUCAUUAGAGAAGUCUGUAUAGUGUCUUUAUCAGUGACAGAAAAUAGAUCUGGAUCUGACACAAGUUUGAAAUAUUUUAAAUCUCAACAUUCUCACAUUUUGUAUAAUCUGCCAAAUAUUUUGGCAUAUCUGUACACACUUUUUGUACAUGCACUGAGUUAUUUUUUUUUAUAUUUACUGGCAAUGGAAGAGCUUUGAAGAGCUAAUUUUGCAUUUAUUGUGUGUUGAAUUAGAAUUUUACUUGAAUUAACUAAUGACUCUACACAACAUGCUCUUUUUAUAAAGCUAAAUUUGCCAGUUAAUUUAAUUCAUUGUUGUCGUCUGCUCUUGACAUUGGCAUUAACUCGACAAGAAUAAAGACUGCUGAGAGACACCUGGA